GGGGAGGAGGAGGAGGAGGCGCGGGGCGCGCUGGCAGGGGAAGCCGCUGCCCAGCCACGGACCGUCGGAGCGAGAGCGGCUGCCGGGUGCCCUCACAGUGUUUCAGAAUGGCAGAGACUCAUGUGUUGAUGGAGAGGCUGGAAAAAGCUGUUAUUCGGCUGGAAUCGCUGUUUUCAGAUUCACACAGGUCUGCAGAAGUGGAGUGUGAAGCUGUCAAUGGAGUCAAUGGAGGUGUAGCACCAUAUGUUGAAGCCUUUGAUAGACUGUUGAAUGGGAGUGUGGCCGAAUUUCUCAGGAAUAGCAGAACUCUAGAAGGUGAUGUGAAGACACAUGCAGAAAUGGUACGUGCUGCUUUCCAAGCACAGAGAUCCUUCCUGUUGUUAGCAUCUCAGUAUCAAGAGCCUCAAGAGAAUGAGGUGCCAAUGCUUCUCAAACCAAUAUCAGACAAGAUUCAGGAAAUCCAGAACUUCAGAGAGAGAAACCGAGGAAGCAAAAUGUUCAAUCACCUCUCCGCUGUCAGUGAAAGCAUACCAGCCCUUGGCUGGAUAGCAGCGUCUCCUAAACCAGGCCCUUAUGUCAAGGAGAUGAACGAUGCCGCUACCUUUUAUACUAACAGGGUGUUAAAGGACUACAAAAACAGUGAUUCACGUCAUGUUGAUUGGGUGAAGUCAUACCUGAACAUUUGGUCUGAGCUCCAAGCUUACAUUAAAGAGCAUCAUACCACAGGUCUCAGCUGGAGUAAAACCGGACCAGUUGCAUCAACAAUGUCUAUGCGAUCCAUUCUAACGAGUGGACAGUGCGUCUCACUGCCUCCGCCUCCGCCACCACCACCAGGACCUCCUCCUCUCUUUGAUACAGAAAGCUCCAAGGAUGAAGCAACUGCAUCUCGCUCAGCCUUAUUUGCCCAGCUUAACCAGGGAGAGGCAAUUACCAGAGGGCUCCGACAUGUCUCUGAUGACCAGAAGACUCACAAGAAUCCUAGUCUACGUGCCCAGGGUCCACCAGUGCGUUCUCCUACAAAAAGUCAUACGCCAAGCCCCACUUCUCCCAAGACUCCUCCUCAGCAGAGCCAUUCACCCGUGUUAGAACUAGAAGGAAAAAAAUGGAGAGUGGAAUACCAAGAGGAUAAGAAUGACCUUGUCAUUACUGACACUGAACUCAAGCAAGUGGCAUACAUUUUUAAGUGCAACAAAUCUACACUACAGAUAAAAGGAAAAAUAAAUUCCAUUACAGUUGACAACUGCAAAAAGUUUGGCCUUGUGUUUGACAAUGUUGUGGGCAUUGUGGAAGUGAUCAAUUCCAGAGAUAUUCAGAUUCAGGUGAUGGGAAAAGUGCCAACUAUUUCUAUUAAUAAGACAGAAGGCUGCCACAUAUACCUCAGCGAAGAAUCCUUAGACUGUGAGAUUGUGAGUGCCAAGUCCUCUGAAAUGAACAUCCUCAUCCCCCAAGAUGGUGACUAUAAAGAAUUUCCUGUUCCUGAACAGUUCAAGACAGCAUGGGAUGGCUCCAAGUUGGUCACUGAACCUGCAGAGAUUAUGUGUUAACUUCCUAGUGCCAUACAGCACCCGCUGGCCAUGAUCACAGACUAAGGUCAGCUUAGCAGCAUAAAGAACUAGAACUAGCAGUACAGCAUGCUUGCUGUAGUAGGUCUUCAAGCAGCAGAUCCUUAUGUUAAAAACAAUAAACAUGUCCAGCACGCUUUUCAUAGGUAUUCUGAUAUUUUCAGUUUCUACACAGUUUGCCUUCAUUUAUAGUUUUGAUUUGAUCUCAUGUCAUGCAAAUAUAAGGGAUUAAAAUACAAAAUACUCCAUUCACAUCAUUGGCUUGUACACUGCAUACAAUAAGCCAAAAUUCUGCAUGGUACACUCUGUUACAAUCAUGUUCCAGUGCAUUCCUUUUUAUGUUUCUGCUAGUCAAAAAUAAUAUUUAAAGCAGUAAGAUUUUUAUUUUUACCUUUAAAUGAUUCAUGUCUGAUGUGAUGAACAUGUACCCCUAGAAAGUGUGUGAUUCUUGUAGCUCUGUCCUAAGCAUCAUGGUUUUUAUUUCAAAACAGCAAAAAGUACAUCUCUCAGCAAUACAUUUUGCUAGUGGAAAAUAAAAGCAGGAUAUUUUAAUCAAACGUUUUUCUAGUAUGUCUGUGUAGAAUAUCCCUCAAAUUUCAACCGGCCAAGUUUUUAUUUCACUCUACACAGACUAAUUGUUUUGUUUUGCUAACUGUAGAUUUAUAAUCCUUUCUAGAAGACGUUACUUAAGCUAAAGCCUUUCGGGACAUCAUUUAGAAGUUCUUCACUCUGAUUUCUGUCAUUUCCUCUAUUUGUGGCUCAUUCUCUUGCUAUAUUCUCCGGUGGUUUUUUCCCCCUUAACACAUACAUAAUCUCACAUCCGGCUCUGAUGACUGAGAGGGGGUUAUUUUGUGAUUUGGGGCACAUGCCAUGUGUCAGAUGCCUUAGAACUGGUUUUCUUACUAAUUGUAUUUCAUUUAAGUAUUAUAUAGUAGGUCAUAUUUGUUGGGGAUAAAGUUUUGCUUCUUCCCCCACUUGCAAGACUUGCAUAUUAAUCUUCACAUGCAUCCAUGAAGUAAAGCCAUAGAUUUAUUCUGUAUUAAUUCUGAAUCAAAAUUAAAGGGAUAAUUUCUUAGUUUAACUCCUUGAUUCUACUUUGUAGUCCUUACUGUACAUGCUUUUAUAACACGAAGGUGGAGUGUUGUAUACAUUUGUACAAUUUCAGCACAUAGUACUAAAAAUCAGCUCAUGUUUUUGAUCACUUGUAAUACUUUGUAACAGUGAAAUCAUAGUUAUAUGCUUGCAAAGCUAGUUACAGGAUACACAUUGUGCCUAAUGCACCUUUCAAAGUACAUAACUCCUUUAGGUUUUUUUAAAUAUCUUUGAUUGUAUUAUCUAUACAGUACUACAACUAAUUGCUCAUACAAUAAGAUUUUGCUAUCUGAUGUUUUAUCUAUAUGUAUAAUGUGGUGGCUUUAGUACAUACCAUUUUUCAACAGUAACCCUAUUCUGAAAUUAAAAAAAAAGGAAACUGUACGUGUUUAAAAACA